UGCUCCUCCCUUUAUGCACUUUUCCCUAACCUAUAUCGAUUAAUCUACCCACUGAAACUGGAGCUCUAUAGUUUGCGGAAGGAAAAAUGAAAUUGGAGUUCUACUUUCUCUUUCAAUAUUUUAUUCUCCAUAUAUAUUGUUCUAAUCUCACGUUGCGACCACAACUUAGACGAGAUGAAGUGGAAGAGGACCUUUUGCUUCUUCCGAAGAUUGAAACCCUUCUUUUACUUUUAAUCUAGGGAUUUCAAGAAGGUCAAUCACAAUCACUCAAUGAUGAACGUUCAAAUGGGAGACGUAGAGACCUUUGCAUUCAAGGCUGAGAUUAAUCAGCUUCUCAGUCUUAUUAUCAACACUUUCUCUAGUAAUAAGGAGAUUUUCCUGAGAGAGGUCAUUAGCAACUCCUCUGAUGCAUUGGACAAGAUAAUGUUUGGGCGCCUAACAGAUGAGAGCAAGCUUGAUGCACUUCAUAUUGUUAUGGUGGCUACUGUGCGCUGUGAAGAAAUUGCCAAUGAGAAGUUCUCUAGUUUUUCAGGAAAUGAGUACUGGCUGGCACUCGAGGAGGGUGUACAACUUGGUCCUGUUACUAGAUUUGGGAAGAAGCUCACUUCAAUUCUUGAUACCUAUCUGUCAGAGAGUUAUGGAAAAGUAUCUUUCCCCUACUUCUACUCAAUUAGGUGAAAUCCAUGAUAAGCCUAACACUACUCCACUUCCUAUCCCUAACACUACCUUCAUCCCUACUACCACAAACCCCAUAGAGCUUAAGUCACCCAAAAAAGAAGGUGAUCCACUACCAAAAAAAACCAAGUAGACAAUCUGCUAUUUGGGAUCAUUUUACAAAAAAUGAGGGGGGGGGGGGAAUCCAAAUGAACCUAGGUGAAAAUGUAAUUAUUGCAAGAAACACUAUGCUUGUCAUAGUACUAGAGUAGGAACAAGCAGUAUGUGGAGUCAUUUGAAUAAUCAAUGUAAGAAAUAUUCAUUUAGUGUAUCUGAUAAGAAACAAAAGUUAUUGAGUUUUCAAAAUAGUAAUGAGGGUGGUGGAAAUUUGUUGGCAGUGGCCUUUAAUAAGGAGAAUUGUCGAAAAGCACUAGCUAAGAUGGUAGUGUUAAAUGAACAUGCAUUUAAAGUUGUGGAAAGUGAAGGUUUUAAACAUCUCAUGAAAGUAGUGCAACCUAGAUUUGUUGUUCCUGGCAAAAUGACAGUUGCUACAGAUAUAUACCAACUUUAUUUGGAUGAAAAAUUAAAACUAAAAGAGGAGUUGAUCAAGAUGGGUCAAAGAGUGUGUUUAACAACAAAUUCCUCAUAUGUGUCUAACAGCACACUACAUUGAUAGUAAUUGGUGUUUGUAAAAACAAAUCAUAAGUUUUUGUCAAAUUCCAAACCAUAAAGGAGAUACCAUUGGUAAGAUGAUUGAAUCGUGUUUGCUUAGCUAGGGAAUAGAGAAGGUGUUUGUUGUGACUGUAGACAAUGCAUCGGCUAAUGAUGUAGUUGUUAGUCUUGUUAAGAGGAGAGUCAAUGCAUGGAAAGGGUCUGUUCUUGAUGGUGAUUUUAUGCAUUUUAGGUGUUGUGCUCACAUAGUGAAUUUAAUUGUGAAUGAGGGCCUAAAAGAUUUGCAUGAUUCAAUUGCUGCUAUUCAUAAUAUUAUGAGGUACAUUCGGUCAUCUCCUGCGCGAUUGGGAAAAUUCAAAGCUUGUGCUGAGAGAGAAAAGAUUGAUUAUGAAGGGGGUUGGAUUUUAGAUGUGCCUACAAGGUGGAACUCAACUUUUAUGAUGCUAGAUGUUGCUAUUAUUUUUGAGAAAGCAUUUUCAAGGUAUGACGAGGAAGAUGAUAGAUUCUUGAGUUACUUCAAUGAAAAUGAAAGUGGGAAGAAGAGAGUUGGACCGCCUACUAAUACUGAUUAGGAGAGUGCUAAGAUAUUUGUCAAGUUUCUACGCACUUUUUAUGAAGUCACACUAAAGUUUAGUGGUACCUUACAUGUUACAUCAAACACAUAUUAUCAUGAAAUUUGUGAAAUUCACACUCAAUUGUCUGAAUUACUUAUUUGAAAUAUACUUGGAUGACAUUCAAGCUUAUGACUUUCUUGAAGAAGAUAAUUCAGAUAAAGGAAACGUAACACUAAAGGAGAAGAAGAAAAUUGAAACUGUGGUCGUUGACUAAGGAAUUAUAAGGUCAAUUUCUGGAGUGGAUGAAUCAUGAAGCUAGUUUAUUUAUCUUUUGAACUUUAUUUUUUCUUCAAAACUUUAGAAUUUCUAUUGUGAACAACUUUAUUUUUAUUGUGGAGACUUGAGAACUUUAACAUUCGCCAUUUAUAUUUUUAGUUUAUGGUUAACUACAAA